GCGGCGGCCAGCGCGCCUGCGCGGCGAUGGCGGCGGCCUGCGCUGAGAUGGAGCCGGCGGCGGCGGCGGCACCUCCUCCCUCCCCUCCUCCUCCUCUUGCCGCCGCGCCGGGCUCGGCCGAGCUGGUGUGCGCGCAGGGCCGGAACACAAAAGCGGUGCUGUGCCAGCGCUGCGGGUCGCGGGUGCUGCUGCCCGGCGCCGCCACCUUCGCCCGCCGUGAGCUCCGCCUGCCCGCCAUGAGGAAGAAGGCGGCGGCGGCGGCGGCGGUUGGCGGCGGGGACGUGGUGCGGGAGCACUGGCUGGUGCGCGACAUGUUCUCCUUCGAGAACGUGGGCUUCACCCGCGACGUGGGCAACGUCAAGUUCCUGGUGUGCGCCGACUGCGAGGCGGGGCCCAUCGGCUGGCACUGCCUGGAUGACAAGGAUAGCUUCUACGUGGCGUUGGAACGUGUGGCCCAUGAGUGACACCGGCGCUGCCGCCCGGGCCGGGGACAGCGGUGAGGGUCCUGGGGAGCCGGGCUCGGCCACCGGCAACCCCACCUACCCUGCUGCCUGACGGGCUGGGCCCGAGCUCGGCGUGGCCACCCCGCAGCCGGGCCCGGUGGCGACCCGUGGCCCAGCUGCCCUGCACCCAACUGACCACGGCCAGACAGCUACAGCCCAGCCGGCUGCCCCGCAGCCCAGAUCCACGGACUGACCGGCACCAAGAAGCGCAGCACCGACAGCCAGCUCCUCGCCUGAGCCCCGGUGGGAAGGAUGUCACUGGUGGGAGGGUCCCCCGUGACCCGCAGGGACAGCUCACCAGGGCAGUUUCGCCACACAGCUCGAUCUGCCACUGUCUGACUGCUCGCUCUCACUUCUUCCUCGUGUGGCUGCUGUUUUUCAGGUGUGCAGACGUCUUUCAGAUGAUGUCUUUAGGACUGAUCAAUUUGUGACACAGCCAUGUCAGUGUGGGUGCUGGCACAAGGGCAUGGGGAGGACAGGACUGCUGCACUGAAUCAUCUUGGCAGCUUGUCUGAACUACAGCCAAAGCAGUUACAGGGUUUAAGGCUGCAUCUUCUGUUGAUUUUCAGAAGAAAUGUUCCCUGCCCCAAACCCUAACAUUUAGGUUCUUUAAAACUCAUCUUACCUGAAAACUACCCUGUAAGAGUAUAGGGCACCUAAAGCGUGUGUAAGGCAUUUUAACUAGCAUAGUGUGCCGUUUUAUUAACUGAGUACUUAGAAAUAAAGUAAGAUACAGGUGGAGUUUGCAGGCAGCACAGGCUGAUAGACUGGCAAAUGAAAAUGUGCAAGAUCAUAGUAUUGCCAGGCAGAAGAAUUAAGAGAUUCCAACCUGAAAAGGAUUUAAAUCAUUGGGCAAGCAGUGUCCAGUGACUGUGUGUCUCAGUGCUGAAGAAUGUCAAAACAGCUGUGUGUGUAUUUAACAGAGAAGUUGGGAAGGAAUUUCUCUUCUGUAAAAGCAGUUGGUUGGAGCAAUGCUGGGAUACUGUGUCUAGUUUUGGCUUCUGCCUUUGAAAAGAUGGGCACAAAGCUGAUUGAAAAUUGAAGGAGGCUGCAGCAUCCGUGGUUCUCACUGUAUCGUUUGGUAAUUGUGGACCAGUUUGCAUUUGCCAUUUGCAAAUCCCUGUAUGAAUAACACAGCAGCUUUAGAGUGAUCAUCUCGGGUUACAGAGGACACGCCUUACUGCAGGAGGUGUAUCAGUAUACAAUGCUAAUAAACUCUUUUGGUACCAA